CUCCCAUCGUUCCACUACCAAACUCACAUCGGCGAAGCAAAAAACCCUAGAAAGCCCCCCACAAUGUCUUCGCUCUCUUUCUUCUUCCUCCUACGCCAUUGAUUUCCAUUCAUAAUAUUUGUGUUAAGGAAAAAAAGAAAGAAGAAAAGAAAAUAAAGGAAAAACGCAACACAUUUUCUUUUAUCUCUUCCAAAUUCCCUUUUCUUCUUCUGUCUCUUCUCUCUUCUUCCUUUGUUUUCAGGUUACAGCGAACGAGUUGAGCCACUGAUUUCGGGGGCCCAUUUUGUUCUUUUUUAGUUAACUUUUUUUUUUUUUAUUUGGAAGUUGUAACAUUUAAGAGUUUUUUUGUUGUGGGUUUUCUUGAAUGGUUGCUGUAAUUUUUCCCUUUUAAUCUCUAAUGGUGGGUUUUGUUUUAUGGAAUUAGGGUUACAAUUUUCCUUUCAUUUCCUCAUCUAAGGGUUUCUUCGCCUCUGUUUUUCUUUUCCUCUUCGCAAAGUCAAGCCAAAUACCUUCGUUUGAAAUUUGAGUUUUGAAUUUAGCGGGAUGUCUUCCAAAUCGAAAUAUUCAAUUCUUGACAAUCGACCGAUUGAUCAGUGGAAGGUUACGGAGUUGAAAGAGGAGCUUAAGAGACGGAAAUUGACCAUCAAGGGGUUGAAGGAAGAUUUGGUUAAACGGUUAGAUGAAGCACUUCGAAUGGAAAGGGAAGAAAAUGCUGAGGAAACCAAUGGUGUUGAUGGUGACCCUCCAGUUACAAAUAGUGACAAUAACCAAGAGCAUGCAUCUGUUGUUUCUGGAACGGCGAAAGAAACUAAUGAAGAUGCUAACAUCACUGAGCAUGUAGAUGAUGUUGGAGUUCAGGUUGAAAAGGAUGACAGUAAUGCAGCUGUGAGGGAAGGUGAAAUUCAAGAUGGGGCUGGUCUUAAUGGUUCCCCUAGGGUAGAAGAGGGAUCGCCCAUCCAUGUUUCUACUGUGGAAACUAAAAAUACUGUAACUGAAACCGUAGUAUCUGAAGUAGCAAUAGGUGUGGGUGUGGAAGGUUUGAAGAACACCGAAAGCAAGGAUAACGAGGAUAGGCUCGAGCUGGAUAGUGAGGAUUCAAAGCCCCAGUUGGAUAGUGAGGAAUCAAAGCCCCAAAUGGUUAGUGAGGAAUCAAAGCCCCAACUGGUUAGUGAGGGUUCAAAGCCACAGCGUGAUAGUGAGGAUUCAAAGCCCCAGCUGGAUGAUGUGAAUAUGGAGCUCCAGGUGGAGAAUGAGAAUUUGAAGUCUCAACAGGCAGAUCUCGUGCACGACUCUUCUGCUCCAGACGACCAGGUAUCUGAGGUCAGCCCUGUUUUAGGGUCUCAAGUAAGAACUGAUUCUAUUUCUACUGAUUCUGUGACAAUUAAUGAAAUGAUUGAACUAAAGGAAAAUAUAUCUGCUGAUCAUGUAAAAUUAGAACUAGAUGUUAAGCAGGAGAUGGUGGAACCAUCAUCCAGCAUUAUUGUCCCAGAUGCUGGCGAAUCACAUCCAAUGGAUGUUGAAGAGCCACAUGUGAACAAGAAUGUUCAAGAGUCACUUGCAAACAGAGAUGUUCUGGAGUCACCUGAGAACAAAGAUGUUGUGGAGUCUAUUGUGAAAGAAGAUGUUGAGAAUAAACAUGAUGUUAAGGACAUAAUUUCUGACCUUCAUGAGAAGCAUGAUGGUGUAGAUGUGGGGUUCUCUGAAAAGCUUAAUUUAGAUAGAAGUUCAGGGGAUGAUUCAAUAGAAGAUGCAUCAGAGAAUAAGACUGAUUCAGUGAAUAAUCUUGAAGAAAUGGGAGAGAAGAAUGUAAAAAAUGAGGGCCUUAUGUCCCAAGAGGAAAAGGUUGUUGACAUAGCAGUGCGAGGCUCAGCUGCAGACAGAAAGAAUAUUGGUAUAGAGAAUGACGUUUCAUCUUUGCCUGCUGAAAAAAGAAGGCUUCAUGAUCAAGCAGUGGUUGGAAAUGAGUCCGUGAAGAGACAGCGUAGGUGGAAUUCUGAGAACCUCAAAAUUCCAGAGCCCCAAAACGCUGCUCAUACAUCGACUAGUAAUUCAAAGGACAUUCAUCAAUCCACUGCUCCUAAACGCAACUUCUCCAGAUCUGACUCCACAGCUAGUGAAGAUCCAUCAAAGGAACGUCUUGUUCCACCAUCUCCAAAACCUCCCACAAACUCACUAAGAAUUGAUCGUUUUCUGCGUCCAUUUACCCUCAAAGCUGUGCAAGAACUUCUGGGUAAGACUGGCAAUGUUACUAGUUUCUGGAUGGAUCACAUCAAGACGCAUUGCUAUGUAACUUACUCAUCUGUGGAAGAAGCCAUGAAGACUAGAGAUGCUGUUUACAACCUUCAAUGGCCACCAAAUGGUGGGCGUCUUCUUAUAGCUGAGUUUGUUGAUCCUCAAGAAGUAAAAACUCGAGUAGAAGCUCCACAGACUCCUACACCUGCGGUGGUUGCUCCACCAGUCUCUAACGUGCCCCCACCCGUGCAACCCGAGCCAUCGCCUCGUCAACCAAGGCAGCAACAUGCUCCGCCGCCUUCUCUUCCACCACCCCCACCUGCACCCACACCCACAAACAACCUUGCUCAAGCAAGGGAGCAGCUACCACUCCCACCUCCACCUGCACUUCCCGAUAAAGUUGACGCUCCUAUUGUCACCUUGGAUGACCUUUUCAGGAAAACAAAAGCUACUCCUCGCAUCUACUAUUUACCUUUAUCAGACGAACAGGUGCAGGUAAAACAUACAGCAGCAGCAAGGGGAAAAGACAUUAAGCAGUAAGUUAAGACGAUGCCCGUGAUCAAGUGUUGUGUCGUGCCUGCUGCUUGAUGUGCCCUGUGGAAUUCCUUAGUGAGUUUAGAUUAUGGAAAGUUAAAAAUGCAUAGAGUGGCAUGUUUGAAUGUCUUGAGUGCUUGCAGGGAGGAAUUUAUCUCUGUUGAGCUGAAAAUGAUGGACGGGUUUUGGAAUAGAAUCCGAUGGGUAGGUUUUUUCUUGCAUAUUAAUUAGGAUAUUGAGAUUGACUUCUAAAAAAAGGAUUACUUUGUAUUUGGUUAUGUAAUCAUGUUUUCCUGUGGUACAAAAGAACCUAUAAUGAGUUAGAUUUGUAGUAUCAUUCAUAUGAAGCCUUCUUCAAAUUUCAUGACACUAACUUUGGAUCUGAUUCA